AUGUGCCACAUUCCUGGCGGCUCGGAGGAGGAGGAAGAAGAGGAAGUGUGUGGUGAUAGCGGGCCGGCUGUUAAAACUUCAUGCCUGUGUCUUUUCCCCACAGAUGCCUGGACAAGCCGCUGGGUGGAGUCGAAGCACAAGUCGGACUAUGGGAAGUUCAAACUGACGGCGGGCAAGUUCUACGGGGAUGCGGAGAAGGAUAAAGGCCUCCAGACAAGCCAGGAUGCCCGUUUCUACGCCCUGUCUGCCCGCUUUGACUCCUUCAGCAACAAGGACAAGACCUUGGUGGUGCAGUUCACAGUGAAACACGAGCAGAACAUCGACUGCGGUGGUGGUUACGUCAAGCUCUUCCCCUCGGGCCUGAGCCAGGAGGACAUGCACGGGGACUCGGAGUACAACAUCAUGUUUGGCCCUGACAUCUGUGGCCCAGGGACCAAAAAAGUGCACGUGAUCUUCAACUACAAAGGGAAGAACGUCCUGAUCAACAAAGACAUCCGCUGCAAGGACGACGAGUUUACCCACCUUUACACCCUCAUUGUGCGGCCUGACAACACCUACGAGGUGAAGAUCGACAACAACAAGGUGGAGUCAGGCAGCCUGGAGGAAGACUGGGACUUCCUGCCUCCCAAGAAGAUCAAGGACCCUGAGGCCAAGAAACCAGAGGACUGGGACGAUAGGGCCAAGAUAGACGACCCCGAGGACACUAAGCCAGAGGAUUGGGAUAAGCCGGAGCACAUUCCCGACCCUGAUGCCAAGAAGCCAGAGGACUGGGAUGAGGAGAUGGAUGGGGAGUGGGAGCCUCCGGUGAUCCAGAACCCAGAGUACAAGGGGGAGUGGAAACCCCGCCAGAUCGACAACCCUGACUACAAAGGGAAGUGGGUGCACCCUGAGAUCGACAACCCGGACUACACCCCCGACUCCAGCCUGUACUCCUACGACAGCUUCGGCGUCAUCGGCUUGGAUCUGUGGCAGGUGAAAUCUGGCACCAUCUUCGACAACUUCCUGAUCACGGACGACGAGAAGUUUGCAGAGGAGUUUGGCAAUGAGACCUGGGGAGCCACCAAGGAUGCUGAGAAGAAAAUGAAGGAGCAGCAGGACGAGGAGCAGAGGAAGAAACAGGAGGAGGAGGACAAGAAGCGGAAAGAGGAAGAAGGGGACGAGGAGCCCGAAGGGGAUGAUAAUGAGGAAGAGGAGGAUGAUGACGAUGAUGAGCCGGAGAAGGAGGAAGAGGAGGAAACGGAGGGACCGCUGAAGGACGAGCUGUAAAAAGCCGUUCCCACAGCACCGCUCCUCCGCUGAGCCUCACCUUUGGCCCACACCAUGGGGCUCGCUUGGUUAAACCCAAAUAAGGAGAGGGGGAGGGGAUACAGUAAUGUCUCUAUGAGACUUGAACUUUUUUUAUUGGUGUUUUGUUUGUGGUUUGUUUUUUAUUUCACAUGCCCCCAAUGCCAUCAAGGAUCCAGUCAUGUGAGUCCAGGUCUGGGCCCUGCAGUGUAUGAAUGUAUGCUAAGGUUAACUGUAGAAACGUAACCCUUGGCUCAGACAGGAACAGCGGCAGCAACUACUCUUAAUGGUGGCUGGCUUCUCUCCUGGCUCCUGUCCUCCAGAUGCUCUGCAAAGGGAUAUGUAGGAAGCAGCGAACCACUUGCCCUCCUUCCCCAGUCACCUGCCCUGCCCCAUCUCUUCUCACACGAAGCAGAUUCCAACCCCUGCUCCCAUGUCAGUGACCUGAGUGGGCGGGAUGGUAGGGUUGGCUUUUCCUCCAUCCUAGCACAGCUUUGGUGAACCAAGGGGUUGGAAUCUACUAGACUGCAGUAUUAUGCCUCAUUUUCAGCAGUCUGUUCUCCCAGGGAACUGUCCAGCUGUGGGGGGAGCUCCUGCUUAAAAUGAGUGGAUGGAUCCAUGUCCCACUAUGUUGCUGCUGCAUUGUUUGACAAUUGAAGCGGCUGUCCAAACUAGAUCCACAGUUGAACAGAAAGUGCUUUUAACAGCUCAGACUAAGUGGGAUGUGUAACUAAGCAAUUUCCUCCCCUUUCUUUGGACUCUAAAGCAAACAUCUGUAGUUCCUUGAUCUUCUGUAACAUGCCUGCCACCUCAGGAAUCCCCUUGGAAACUGCUUAGAGCUAUUGUGGAGGGGAAAUGGGGCACGGGCUAGAAUGACGAGAAUGUUCUUUUGGUGAGGGAGGUCACAGAAUGCUGGGGUGGGGGGAGCCUGGUGGAUAGAAUGGGGGUUGGUAGAGGGUAAGGGAGCAGGAUAUGGAGUCCAAGCUUCUAACUACUCUGAACUGUAUUGUGGGUGGGAGUGAAGGGCAGCGGUAGGGGUUCAGAGACUUCUCAUGUUCACACUUGAAUGUAUGAAUGAUUGAAGAAAAUUUCUAUUAAAUUAAAUUUCAUGUCUA